GGUUGCCGGUCGUCAUGGUAACAUCUGAAGGUCGAGCUGUGAUGAUGCCAGUUAGCUCGUUAGCCUCUGAGCUAGCUGCUGCAGCUUCAUUAAAACCUGUCUUCUUGUCUGUGUCUCCUGCAGUGAAGCAUCAUGGGAGGUGGCAGAUGGACGAGCCGGCCGUGGGCCAAUCAGAGCCUGUGACACACACACACACACACAUCAUGACCAUGGAACAAGGCUUCAGCUUAAAUAUGCUGAGGAGGCUGGCGGCGGACCCGGACUACAGGGACGUGUCCCUCCCGGCGGUGGACCGGGUCCGGCUGCUCAGCAGGAUGGGCAGCCGGGUGGAGCUGAGCGAGGACGUGCCCCCCCGACGCUACCUGCGCUCCGGGGUUGAGAUGGAGCACAUGGCGAGCGUCUACCUGCAGGAGGGCCGCUGGAGAACGCCUACGUGCCUCUACAACAAGUUCAUCACUCUGUUUGUGGAGAAGCUGCCGGCGCACAGAGACUACCAGCAGUGCAGCCUGCCGGAGAAGCAGCUCAUCAUGAAGAAACUGCAGGAAGUGGCGUUUCCUCGUAAAGACGAGCUGAAGAAACGUCUGCAGGAGAAAUACAGCCUCGAGCACAGCGAGUACCUGAGGGCCCAGGCAGCGACAGCAGAGGCAGAGGGGCGUGGCCUGCAGCUGCAACAGCUCUCCUUAUUGGGCGAUGACAGGGGGCGGGGCCAGGAGGAAAACAGGGGGCGGGGCCUGCAGCUUGUGCGGCCCUCCUCAUUGGGCGAUGACAGGGGGCGGGGCCCGGAGGAGGAAAGGGGGCGGGGCCUGCAGCUUGAGCGGCUCUCCUUAUUGGAUCAGGAUAGGGGGCGGGGCCUGCGGAUGGAGGACAGGGGGCGGGGUUUGCUGAUGGAGGAGGAUAGGGGGAGGGGCCUAAUGGUGGAGGAGGAUAGGGGGAGGGGCCUAAUGAUGGAGGAGGAGCGUCGGCGGGUCGUGGCGCUGCAGCGUCUUCAGAUCGAGACGGAGCAGUUUCGCUUCUUCGAGGAUCAGCUGCAGCGCCAGGAGCUGGCCAAUAGGAGAGCAGAGGAGGCGGGGCUAAAGCCUGAUAAUAAAGCGUUGGAGGUGACGGACAGGUCCUCUCUCUCCCAGCAGCCAAUUAGAGGCAGCGUACCGUCCCAGGGGGCGGAGCCUAUCAGGAACAGACCUCCAGCUCCCGUCAGCCAAUCGAACGGCUCGCUGGCUGCAGUACACAGUAGGGUGGAGGGUCUGAGGCAGGUUCUGGUUCCCAGAGACCUGACUUCCCGCUUCCUGCUUCUGGCCGAGUCCAACACGGCGCGUGGCCUGGAGACCUGUGGGAUCCUAUGUGGACGCCUGAUGCAGAACGAGUUCCUGUUGACUCACGUCGUCGUCCCGAAGCAGUCGUCCGGUCCAGAUUUCUGCGACAUGGAGAACGUGGAGGAGCUGUUCAGAUUCCAGGACCAGAAGAACCUGCUGACGCUGGGCUGGAUACAUACCCACCCCACCCAGACGGCCUUCCUCUCCAGCGUCGACCUUCACACUCACUGCUCCUACCAGAGGAUGCUGCCAGAGGCCAUCGCCAUCGUCUGCGCCCCCAAACACAACGACUGUGGUGUGUUCAGGCUCUCCUCCUCCGGGAUGUCUGAGGUUUCUCUCUGCAGACUGAAGGGUUUCCAUCCUCACUCCAAAGACCCGCCUCUCUUCAGCGUGUGUAAACACGUUUCUCUGCGGGAGGCGAAGGUCGUCCUGCUGGAUCUCAGGUGACAGACAGGAGGCGCUGUGUGUGUGUGUGUGUGUGUGUGUGUGUGUGUGUGUGUGUGUGUGUGUGUAUAUUCUGGAAGUUUGAUUUGUUUUGCUCCUGAAAUCGUCUGCUGGCUGUAGAUAUUUAAAUCUAUUUUCUGCUGUUGUUAUUGAUCAGUGUGAGAUGUGUCUAAUGAAGUGUGUGUGUGACAGAGUG